UCCCACCGCCUCCUGCCCCUCCCGGAGUCGAAAUUUCCUGGGGAUUAUGUUUCGGAAAGGAACCCGGCGAGGAAAUACAUGCACUCGCUGAGAAUCGCCCGCGCCAGGGCGCAACGCCACCAGGUGUAGGGAGUGUGUGGCGUGGGGCGAGAGGGGACCCAGGACUCCCCGUGGCUCGGAGCGCCCGGCCGUAGGCUCUUCAUUCCUGCCCUCGGGGCAGAGGGAGUGAUCCGGCCCCCACUCCCCGCCCCGACCAUGGUAGUGUUCAAUGGCCUUCUUAAGAUCAAAAUCUGCGAGGCCGUGAGCUUGAAGCCCACAGCCUGGUCGCUGCGCCAUGCGGUGGGACCCAGGCCGCAGACUUUUCUUCUCGACCCCUACAUCGCCCUCAACGUGGACGACUCGCGCAUCGGCCAAACGGCCACCAAGCAGAAGACCAACAGUCCGGCCUGGCACGACGAGUUCGUCACCGAUGUGUGCAACGGACGCAAGAUCGAGCUGGCCGUCUUUCACGAUGCCCCCAUCGGCUACGACGACUUCGUGGCCAAUUGCACUAUCCAGUUCGAGGAGCUGCUGCAGAACGGGAGCCGCCACUUCGAGGACUGGGAGAGCCCCGAGCCACUGGUGCUGAAGGUUGGCCGAAGACCAGCCUCCUUCCGCAGGCGCGUGGUGGGCUGGCUGUGUGUGACUGUGUGUGGGUGGGUCCCUCCGUCCUUGGAGAGGCACGUGGAGCCUCACACUGAAGGCUUCUUGCACGUCCUGGCUUUGUCCUGCGUAGCCCAGUGA